UUCUCGGUGCUCGUGGCAGCUUGGGGUUACCCACUUGUGGAGACCGCGUUGCUCACGCGGUACGGGGCCACCCCCGGUUUUCUUGAGUCGCACGGUGACGCAAUUGCGAGCGCGCCAAUCCGGGGCUGGCUGUAGCGCGGUCUCGUCAAAUUUGAAUUUCCAGACUGUUGUGUCUGGGAACCUCGCCGAGGGAGUGAGGGUCACCUGGGGUCGGGCUACGGGGGGCUGGAGCCGAUUUGGGCCAGUGGCGCGAGCCCUGGGGCGCCCGGCCCACCCCACGCGAAGCCAAGCAAGGACUGCCGCCUUCUAGCUCUCUCAGGCCCUUCACUCAAGGUUCUUCUGGACCCCUGCUGAAGGUCUACUAUCCUGAAAAUUAUAGUUAAGUGAAUUAUCUGUUAGAGAAAACUUGUUGCUACUAUUUAUCAAGAUGAUUGCAACACCUUUGAAAUAUCCAGGAAGUCAUUUAUCUUCAGAGACAUCUUCUCAAAGAAGAAAUAUGCCUAUGCAUGCAAUCUUUUUUGACAGCAUUCCUGCAGGCACACUUACUCCUGUAAAAGAUUUGGCAAAAUAUCAGAACCCCUCUUUAAAAUUGAGUGACCAUAAAAAGACUCAUUUCCUAGAAAUGACAAAUUUUAAUAAUAAAAAAAUAUUUCAUUCUACAAUGCUAGCAGAGGCUGCCUCCUCUAACAGCUCUCUUGAUAUCAGUGCCAUAAAGCCCAACAAGGAUAGAUUAAAAAAUAAAGCAACCUAUGAAUCACCAGGAAAAAUAUUUCAAAGAAUGAAAGAAAAAGUACUGCGUGACAAGCAAGAACAAGCAUCAGGCAACAGUAGUUUGUUGGAACCACCGAAAAGUGAAAAGAAAAUUUUCACUCCUAAAGGAGCUGAGAGAAGAGUAUUGCAGCAUACCUAUGUCUGUGAAGAAAAGGAAAACAACAAAUCAUUCCAAUCAGAUAACAGUUCACCAAGAGAGGUUCCAUUUCUGAACCAAGAACAUGAAAAUGUUUCAGCUGCAGGAUUCUCAAACAAGACAUUACCUAGAGUUCAGUUGGCUAAACAAAUUCUUCACUCAAAGGAGAAAACAUUUGUAACCACUAAGUCUAAAAAGGACACCUUUGUUUUAGAAGGUGUUGAAUCUGUCAUUGAAAAAUCCCAAAAUACAACUGUUGAGACUCUCAGUACUAACUGUGUUCCUGUUAAAAAUGAUGAGCAAUUAAUUUCUGAUAGUAAGGUAGCAACAGAAACGACUUCACAACAGGAAAUUAAGGAAGGAUAUGAGAAUCCAGUGCCCACAGAGACUGAUCUGGGUUCCAUGAAUGAUACAUGUAAAAUUGUGCUUGCAACUCCAAGAUUUCAUAUAACAAUACCUCGGAAAACAAAAAGAAAUGCUUCAAAUCGUUCUCCUCCAGGUACACUUCAAACUCUUACAAAUGGAGUUAAAGAAAUUAAGGUGGUCCAGCUACAGGAAUGGAUGAUUAAAGUCAUCAAUAAUAAUACUGCUAUAUGUGUAGAAGGAAAAUUGACAGACAUCACUAACAUAUAUUGGCACAGUAAUGUAAUUAUAGAACGGAUUAAGCACAACAAACUUAGGACUUUAUCAGGCAACAUAUAUAUAUUAAAAGGGAUGAUAGACCGGAUUUCCAUGAAAGAAGCAGGCUAUCCAAAUUAUCUCAUAAGGAAGUUUAUGUUUGGCUUUCCAGAAAAAUGGAAAGAGCAUAUUGAUAAUUUUCUAGAACAAUUAAGGGCUUGUGAAAAGAAAGAGAGAAAGGUCAGACAAAAACAGAAAACUGGAAGAUUUGUCCCUGACAUACCAAAAUCAGCAAAAAAUAAUUCAGGAGAAAACCAAACAGAUGUUCUCCAAAGAGCCAGCACCACUUAUGGCAUUGAUUAUUGUCAUUUGGAACUGAAAAAUGGUAAAUACAGUAGGUUGCCAGGAGCCACAGAAUUAAACGUGUGCCAUGGUACUUGCCAAAAUAAACCAUCAUUAAGUCUCUCAGAUGACCAAAUACAUAACACUUUUCAAAAUGGAGGAGAAAAUGACUUAACUAAUCAGGAAAUAAUGGGAAAGAAAGCAUACGAAAAGUUGUCUUCAAAGAAACUUGAAAAUUUUGAAAGAACAAAUGAAAGGAUAAUUAAAAGUCAGAAGCAAGAGAGAACUGAAGAAUCGAAUGUAUCCAUUGACAUUCUGACCUUAAGGCAACCGUUUUUCUUGGAUGAAGAAAGAAAAUGUAUGUCUCUUAAUGCGAAGAAAGCUUAUAUUUUAAUGACACCACUUAAAUCUAAAAAGGUGAUAGAACAAAAAUGCAUGAAGUAUAAUCUGUCUUACAGCACCAUUAAAGCAGUUACAGAUUUUGCAGUGCCAAAGCAUCAAAAAGAAAGAACAUCAGACUUACAUGAAACUACCAGUUUGAUCAAUAAUCCCACAAAGACCUUCAAAAAUGCAAUGGAGUAUAGUGAGGACCAUAAAAGUAAAAACAAGGAAGACUGCAGUGAAAUUGACUUACUCACUGUGAACCAGAAAAUCAAAAUGUCUAGUUCUAAAAAGGAACAAACGGUCACCUCUGACUUUAAGAAAAGUACAAGGUUGUUACCAAAAUCGAAGAAAAUAAAAAAUUUGUCUAUGUCAUUUUACAAGCAGCAGUCCUCAUCAGAUUUGUCUAGUGAAGAGAGCGAAACAGAAAAGGGAAUUAGAAGGAAAGCUAGAGUUGCUAAGAAAACUUCCACAAGAAAUACCAAAGAAACAGUGGUUCACCUAAGGAAAAGCACAAGAAACACCACAAGGAAAAUCCCAGUGAUUUCAGAAUCUGAAACUGAAGAAAGUGAAAGUGAAUUUUACAUCAAACAAAAGAAAGCUAGAUGCUCUGCUAAGGAAAAUCUUCAGAAGUCUGUUACUAGGAAUGAGUUUCCAGUUAUUGAGGCCAUUGGAUCUGAUGAGACAAACAGGCAUUCAUUUGAAUGUUUUCCUGGUGUAAUUCAAGAUGAAGAAUGGAAUGAGAAGGAAUUACAGAGACUUCAUUGUGCUUUUGCAUCUCUUCCAAAGCACAAACCUGGUUUCUGGGCAGAUGUAGCAAUGGCUGUAGGUUCUCGAUCUGCUGAAGAAUGCCAGAGGAAAUACAUGGAAGACCCCAGAGGAAAAGAAUCCCAGAAACCUGUCACUAAGAAAAAACCAGUCAAUUCCAAAGGCCAAAAUGGCAAGAUACGCAAUGCUGAUAAGAAGCAAAUGAUUAAGAUUACUGCCAAAGUGGGAACUCUUAAAAGGAAGCAGCAAAUGAGGGAUUUUCUGGAACAGUUGCCAAAAGAUGAUCAUGAUGAUUUUUUCAGUACAACACCUUUGCAGAAUCAAAGAGUACUGUUACCAAGUCUCCAGGACAGUGCAGAAGAGGAUGAUAUUCUGCCCAAUAUGGACAAAAAUCCAACAACUCCAUCAUCAGUUGUCUUUCCAUUGGCAAAAACUCCUCAGUGUCAGCAUGUCAGUCCUGGGAUGCUAACCUCUAUAAAUAGGGAUGAUUGUGAUAAGUAUGUUUUUCGUAUGCAAAAAAACCAUAAAAGUAAAGGUGGCAUUGUCUGGGGCAAUAUCAAGAAAAAAACAGUUGAAACUCACUUUUCAACUCCAACAUCAAGAAAGAAAACCCAGUAUAACAGAGAAUUAGGAGAAAACUCUGGUUUUGGAAAACUUUUCACCAAUGCUAUGGAGUCUUUAGAUGAAGAAGAGAAAGAUUAUUAUUUUUCAAACUCCGAUUCUGCAUAGUAUAAAUGAGGAACUAUUUCCAGGAUUUUUGUCAAGAAGCAGACAGCGUAUUUAUAUCUUUUUUGGAAUACAUGUUACUUUCCUUAUAAUGUACCUUCAUAUGAAAUUGUGGAUUCCUUCUCAAAGGUUUUAGGUGUUUGUAUUGAGAGUAAAACAUCCUUCUGUAGAAUAUUGCUCAUCGAUGUAGGUUACUAAAAUAUAAGGAAAGUUGUUUUGCUUGUAUACAUACUUGUAAAUUUCUGUUUUUUGAACAUUAAAAUAUUCUUGGUAAGUCUCUUUUAAGCAUCUGUUUGAUUUAAGAAAAUCAGGUUCUAGACAGAUUUUGUUUUUAAAGUGUCCAAGAAAAUGUUGAUACCCUUAAGAGGUAGGGAAGGGGUAAUAAAAAGUAGACUGUAUUGCUGGCUACAAAUUCAUGAAAACUGUGUUAGCAUUUGUUACCACUUGAUUUUUUUUCUUAAAACUUGGCAUUGGCACAUCUAUGAAACCUAUGUAAAUUUAUUACUUUUCUGUAUUAGGUAGAGUCAGAGAAUACAUUUUGUCACAUUAAGUCUUAUUAACACAUGCAGAAAUAGUUUACAUUUGGCCUCAAUAUUAAAAAGAUUGGAUUAGACAAACAUUCAAGUAAUUGAUCUACCACUGUAAGUAGUCAAGUUAAUAUGCCAUUUCAGAGUAAACAUUA